UAGAGGAUUAGGUAAUCAGCUGUUUCACUAUGUAAAUUUUGACCAGUUUGAGUGUGUUUACAUGAGUCCAACACCAUAUGAUCUUGCCUCCACACAAGGUUCAACACAUCAACAUUUAUUGUUUAACUUUUAUGGUGGAUGCUUGAGGAUACAUGAAUCUUUUGAAAAGACUGUUAAGAAAAAGGUAUCAGAAGAGAAUAUGUUUCCAGUGUGUAGUUUAGAAGAAGGUGUAAUGUUUACUAGUCAGCUACCUGCAUCCCCAGAUCCUAAGAAACAACCACCAUUGAUUAUGUAUUGGGUCAUAGGACGGAGAUUUCCUGAUGGUCAUGAAAUGUUUGUAUGUUUAGAAGAUGGUGUACCACAGUCGCUGUUAGAACUGGCAUUUACCUACAACUUUGGAUUGACUUGAUCACUACUACAUGUAAUAUAUGUGUUAUCUAAGAACUGGUGCUCAAUGUGAAAUGUAACAACUAGUCUUGUUAUAACUAUGCUGAUAGAAGAGAUUAAAGUUAAGUAGGUGAAUUGUGAGGUAUCUGUUACAGGAUUUUUAUGAAGAGAUGGCUAUGAAAUAUUUGCGUAAAUGUAGUCAAAAUAAUUUUUCAAGCUGCAUUUAUAUUGGGAUUGCUUGAAGGAUUCUUUUCAGGAAGAACACAAAGAAGGAUAAACAGAUGAAAAUAACUGAUUCAGGUUAAUGUUUGGUUUAUGUAAUUGUAACAUGAAGCUAUAGAAAUGGAAGGCCUGUAUAACUAGUAUAAAGUCAUGGCCAGUAUACACAUUUAUGUAACCUACAUACACUCUAUACGUUAGCAAUGCAAAAAGUGUACUUUAAUUUUAUGAAAAUAACUGAAAAGUAUUCAAGAUUAAAUAUACAGAACAAUCUUUAAAAUAAAAUUAGCAGGGAAAGAAAACAUGCUAAAUGAUAAGUCCUCUAUUAUGAUUAAGUUAAACCCUACUGAGUUAACUUAAAAUAAUGAUGUAUAAUCAAUUAACUUUGUAUAUCUAAAUAAAAUUAUUUGCAAAUUUAAACACAUAAUGUAAGAACAUUGCUAAAACCUUAGCUUAGAAUAAUAUAGAUUAAUUUUCAAUUAUGCCAUAUAUAUUUCACCUUAUGUUCUAUGUACAGUGCAUAAGAGAUCAACAAUAAUUCUAGUUUGCCAUUCCUUAAACUCAAAGUAACCAACAAAAUAAUUUGUCCUGAAACAAGACUGACAAAUAUUAAAACAGCCAGUGGGACUAGUAUAGUUUUAUAACAAUGUACAAGGUGGAUAGUGUGUGCAUACACCUGAUACCAGACUGUGCAGCUUGAAUUGUAGCUAAAAUAUAUGAGCUGUGUCACGACAAAACCAACAUAAUGCAUUUGCGACCAGCAUGGAUCCAGACCAGCCUGCGCAUCUGCGCAGGCUGAUCAGGAUCCAUGCUGUUCGCUUACCAAAAUCUAUAACAAGUAGAGAAACUGAAAGCGAACAGCAUGGAUCCUGAUCAGACUGUGCGGAUGCGCAGGCUGGUCAGGAUCCAUGCUGGUCACAACCGCACUAUGUUGGUUUUGUCAUGACACGGCUCAUAUUGUAGUUCUCUAGCUAAAAUAGCCAAAAACUUGCCACAUACAUCAUCCAACAGAGAUUGUAGUUAGUGAUUUAAAUACCAAUGUGCAAAUUUAUAGUUUUCACAAUGUUUUUGUAAAGAGAACAAAAUGUAUUUCUAUAGAUGUAAGUGAAAUUUUACACUUACGUUUUAUGUAGCUUAGUUCAUAUGUGAAGAAAAAGUAAUCUACUUCAGAUUCCUUUAAAUUGCUAUCCAAUUACCAGACUGGCUAAAAGGGCUUUUAUAAAAUGAUUAAUUUAAUUUUUCUUAAACAUUUGUAGUAAAUAGCUUUGAUUAAUGGUAGCUGAUGUGAAAUUGUAUACAUUGCAUUUUUUGCUUUUACAAUUUUAAUUCACUACAAGUUGAAAUUAUUUUUUACAAAAAAAGGCAAUUUGAUAUUCCUAUGUACCAUGAAGUAACGUAACUUUUUUAUCAAAUAGAAGGUAUAAUUAUAAUAUAAUACCAGAUAACCUUUUCACAAAAAAUUGUCUGUCUGAAAUUACAGAUAGAUUUGACAAGACUAUGUUGAUAAUUAAGAUACACAAAAGAAUAACACAAAGUAUACAAUGUAAAUUUGAAAAUAAACACCAUCAAAUUAAUAUUUUGUACAAUAUGAUAAAUUACAUUUGGUAUGGUCAUGGAUGUCUGGUUACAGAAGGCCCAUCAUAUUUACUUUAACUUUAUCUGCUAUAAAUGGAUAUACAAAUUUGUUUGUAGAGAGAGACGAAAUGAUGUUUAUUCUAUGUUUUAUAUUUGGUUUAUACAGAAUUUCUUUUAUUUGAUUGUAUAAGAAGCUAUAAGCUUAUAGACACACUCUUGAAUCUGUUCCUGGAACUUUCCUAGGUAAUGAGAAUAUUUUUCAUUUGCAAUCUUAUUAAACAUUAUACCAUGUGCCGCUCAAUUUUUUCAAUACCAGCUAUUUGGUAUGGAAACCCCUUAGAAUUAGACAGUCCCCAAUACAAAGCAGGGAAAGUCCCUUUUACAAAUUGAAUAUGAUAGUUUAGUUAUGUUCCAGUCCCGAAUAUUAAUGGAACAGAUGGAAGUUAAAAUUUAACAGUUUUUUAUACAGUAAAUGUGUUUAUUCAUGUAAGGGCUUAUUAUUGUCAGUAAUCAUAUUUAAUAUUACUGUAUUAAAAUGCUACCAUGUAGCCAUCUAUAAAAGGGUAGUUAUAAUUAUAUAUUUGACAUAUCAUAUUUAUAUGUACAAUACUUAAAACAUCAUACUCAUUAUGUCACACCGUCCAGUUGUUUUAUUUAGUAUAGUAAACACUAGUUCUUAUAUAUCAAUAUACCAUAUUUUGUCUAGACUGUUAGUACAUACUUAGAUAAAUGUUCUGUUGUUUUUUUACAAUUACAUGAUAACAUUAAUGUGCCAUUUUUAUUUGACUAAUUCCUGGCAUGGUAUAUGCCCCUGAUAAUAGUUUUAAUAAUCUUAUGUUAAUAAUUACAGCGUUUGGCACCGCACAGUAAUUCGGUAUGGCCAGUAAUGUGUUGGUUUGCCGUUAAACCCAAACAAACAAACAAAUUAAUUUUUUGAUUCUCUACCUGGAAUGUAUGUAAAUCAGUAUCAAAUAAUAAAGUUUUGAACAAGAGUACAAAAACUUUCAAUGGGACCAACAAUUAAACUUGAUAAAACAUUCCACUUUUAUUUUGCAGUAAAAUUUAUUGAAUGGUUGGCUAAUAAUCAGUUAUUGUAGGCUUCAGGUGACAAAAAUGCAUUUAUUUUUUUAAAAUUUGUUUGAUAGUGUUAUUUAUUCGUUAUUUACAUUUUCAAUAUCCAAUAAGCCAAGUAUAAUCUUCACUUAUUUUUAUUUAUUGCACUUUGUUAAAAUGUAAUUAUUAAUUCUAAAAUAUACAUUGUUAAAAAGCACUAGAUUUUUUUUUCUUCUAGACUUCUUAAAUAUUUCUAUCUUUGUCUGAACAUGAUUAUACUUGUAAGAAAGGAAAAUGAUGUAGGAGAAAUAUUUCCAGCAAUUGGUCUAAAUGAUGUUAUAAUUGUAUUUGUUAUUUUGGUGUUUGAAAUGAAUUUUUAGCCAUAAUACCUUAAAAGAUUGAAUAACUGUAUUAACUUGUUCAUUAGUAAAGAAUAUUAAAAGUUAAAUAAAUAAAGCAUGAUACAGGAUUAAGUAAUAUACAUUUGUACCAGAGUAUCUCCAAUAUCUUGUACAAGUGUAUUUCUUUAUGUAAGUAUUAUAUCCAUCAUUAUUUUGCCAAACACAAAUACUUGAAAAGUUGUAAAUAUUUUCAUGCAGGAAUUGAUGAAUUAUUUAAAUACAACAUUCCACAUUGUUGCCUUAAUUUAAAGGAAGAUUUUACUUACAGAUUGUGAUAAUAUAUAUUUGUGCUGUUUAUAUACUUAUAUAUACAAUGUUUUCUUUGUGUUUGUAGUUAUAUUCAUGUGUAUAACCAUGGUGCCAAACUAUUUUAGAGCUUUAACCAUCUAAUAUUUUGUAGUGUUUUUGUUCUAACAUUGUUAAUUUUAAUGUUAUUUGUUUUGUUUCUAUAUUUAUAUAUAUAAUUUUGUCACUUAUAUUACCUCAGUUGAUUUGAGCAUUUACACUGAUUCUGUUCCCUAUACAUGUAUGUUUAGUUUUUAAUUGUAAUUUAAAACACUAGAUGCAUUGUAUGGUUAAAUAAAUGGAUUUUUUUUCUUGUAAUGCCAUAGACAUACUUUUAAAUGAAAUAACUUUCUUUCUUUAGAUUACCACAGACCUAGUAAUUAAUCCUCCUGACUAAUAUCCAAAUAUAUAUUGUGAAUUCAAAUCAGGGGGACCAAAAGGCAUGUUAUACAAUUAUUUCUGAAACAAAGGCCAAUGAUUCAAACUUAAUAAGUUUAAGACCUGUAUUGCAAUAAAACCAAG